GUCGCUGGUCUCAGUGUCGCUUCAGACUGACUUUGGUUCACAGGUGAACGAAAAAAGGAAGGACACUGUACCCCAUCUUCCGUUCCGCGAGCUUUUAGAGUCCGAGGCAGGGACGGAGGCCCGAUACGCGAAGCCAGCCACCUCUCGGGAAUUAUAUCGAGGAGCGAAGUCGAAGAGCGAAGUCGAGGAGCGAGAUCGAGGGGCAAAAGGCGAGAUCAAAGAACCAGUGUAGAAGGCGGUACUCGCCAUGGAUCUGCGAUGGCCAGGGUGCAUCGUCUUCGUCGUUGGAGCGCUUUACCUGGUGCUUGGGGUGUGCCCUCUGGCCCAGGCCAUUGGAGAUCGGCGCCAGUGCUACAACUUCACCUGGCCAGGCGUGAAUGAGACCAUUGACUGCGAGGAUAAGAUAAAUGACAUGAAUGACAACCCCAUCCCUUGUGUCUAUCCUCUGGUCUACACCACUCCGUUUGAGAGCCCGCCCGACAUCUCUGCCUUAGAGUCCCACUGCCGGAACACAACUUGUCCCGUCUUCAAGUGUUCUACCAAGGGCUCCAACUGCAUCAAGUACAGCUGGUUCGAUAUCAACGAUCGGAUGGUGAACUACUCACUCUUCUGUGGGACGGUGGCCGACAACACUAACGCAGACACCCCAAUAGUCAAGACCUCCGGGUGUUGGAAGCAGAGGAUGGGAACCUACACCAGGGAAAUGUGCGUCUGCGACUACGACCUCUGCAACAUGGCCACCAGGCCGACGACGGGCGUCCUGUUGCUGCUGCUUCUCCCUCUGGCGGCGCAGACGGUAGCCAGAGCCAUGCUGACCACUGCUGGCCAUGUUAACUAGGGGCCUUCUUCAUAGGAGACUUAAUUUAGAUUUAGAUUUUUUAAUCAGGUAAAGGUAUAUACAUCGAGUUACAUACAUAAUGUUGGAUUUAAAGAUAGAGAAAGUACAUACAAUACCUAAAGCCACUAGUAUGCAUAGCGUUUCGGGCAUGGACGAUUGCUUCGCGUCUCUUGUUGCUGUGUAUAACAAGAUCUCAACUGACAUCUGUAUCUUAUGUUACUAGUGGCAUUUUUCCAAAAUUAUGCUGAUGUGGGUUUCGCCUGUACUAAUAUCUGUCGCUGGAGUGAGGCAGUUAACCAAGGAAUUGCUUUCUGAGGCCUGUUUCAUGCCUAACUUAAAAAGAGCUUAUACACAGCAAUGCGACGGAAUAGUGUUUACAUCUGUUAGUGAUCAUAAGGGACCCUACCUAUAACUUUAAAUUGCUUAAUUUCCUUCAUCUUUUCUCUCUUUCUAACUCCUCUUUAUGGCUUGAUAAUUAAUUUCCUUCAGUCAUUAGCAGCUUUAAACUGACCAACAGUUUACUGGUCUUGUUUUGGAUUAAAUUAGGGAGAAUAUAUUUAUACAGUAAAUCAAGAAUGAUUACACCGUCUUUACACAUACUCCUUUCCAAUUACAUAAAAUGCAAAUGGUAUUGUAAUCAUCGACCCAGGGGUUAAAUAAAACUUAUAGUUUGUUUCUGGUAAAUAACAAUCAGAUACUGA